GCAGCAGGAAUGGCUUCAAACUUGUGGUCUCAGGAUCAGUUCAGCUGUCCAGUGUGUCUGGAGCUAUUGAAGGACCCAGUCACUACAGCAUGUGGACACAGUUACUGUAUGGGGUGUAUUAAGAACUACUGGGAUCAGACUGAUCAUACAGGUGUCUACAGCUGCCCCCAGUGCAGAAAGACCUUUACCCCAAGGCCUGAUCUGUGCAGAAACACCAUGCUGGCUGAAGUUGUGGAGAAAUUAAAGAACACAGGACUCAGUCCUCCUCCUGCUCAAAGUUAUGCUGGACCUGGAGAUGUGCCGUGUGAUUUCUGCACUGGGAGAAAGUUCAAAGCUUUGAAAUCCUGUUUGACGUGCCUGGCCUCUUACUGUGAAACACACAUCAAGCCACACUAUGAGGGGGCUGCUUUCAAGAGGCACAAGCUGAUCAAUGCAAUUGGAAAUCUGGAUCAGAAGAUUUGUGCUGAACACCAGAAGGUUUUGGAGGUCUUUUGUAGAACCGAUCAGACGUGUAUUUGCUUGUUGUGUUCACAAAUUGAACACAGGAGUCAUGAAACAGUCUCAGCUGAGACACAGAGGAUUGUGAAGCAGAAGCAGCUGGGAGAGACACAGACAGAAAUACAACAGAGAAUCCAGGAGAGACUGAAAGAAAUUGAGGAGCUGAAAAAGGCUGUGGAGACACUGAAAAGAUCUGCAUGCAUAGAAAUAAAGGAAAGUGAGAAGAUCUUUACUGAGCUGAUCCGAUCCAUUGAGAAGAUCCACACUGAGGUUAUUGAGCUGGUUGGAGCUAACGAGAAGGCUGCAGUGAAUCAGGCUGAAGGACGCAUGAAGACACUGGAGCAGGAGAUUGCUGAGCUAAGGAGGAGAAACGCUGAGCUGAAACAGCUUUCAGAGACAGAGGAUCACAUCCAUUUUCUACAGAAUUUCCAGUCUCUCUGUGCCCCUCCUGAAGCUGGAGAUUUACCCAGCGUUACUGUCAAUGCAGACAUCUCUUUUGGGGCUGUGAGGAAAGCUGUAUCUGAACUUAAAUACCAUAUUGAGGACUUCUGCAAGGGGGAAAUCGUCAAAAAAUCCAAAACAGUGUAUGAAGUUGCAGUUUACAGUCUGCAGGCUCCAGAGCCAAGGAACAGAGCUGAGUUUUUAAAAUCAAAGGAAAAGUGUGACACUGAAGAAGAGGGAAUGAAGAAACAGCCAGAGGUUCGACGAAGACUCAGCUUGACUCUACAUCCUAACCUGUCUGGAUGUGAAGCGAGUGCAGAAGAGGAAACAGGAGAGACAGAGGAACAAGAACCAGCAAAGGAAAAGUGUGACACUGAAGAAGAGGGAAUGAAGAAACAGCCAGAGGUUCGACGAAGACUCAGCUUGACUCUACAUCCUAACCUGUCUGGAUGUGAAGCGAGUGCAGAAGAGGAAACAGGAGAGACAGAGGAACAAGAACCAGCAAGAAGAGCAGAAGCAAAUAUUUUGGUAGCGCAUGACCAGUUCAGCUGUCCAGUGUGUCUGGAGAUAUUGAAGGACCCAGUCACUACAGCAUGUGGACACAGUUACUGUAUGGGGUGUAUUAAGAACUGCUGGGAUCACGCUGAUCAUACAGGUGUCUACAGCUGCCCCCAGUGCAGAGAGACCUUUACCCCGAGGCCUGUUCUGUGCAGAAACACCAUGCUGGCUGAAAUUGUGGAGAAAUUAAAGAAGACUGGACUCAAUCCUCCUCCUGCUCAAAGUUAUUCUGGACCUGGAGAUGUGCCGUGUGAUUUCUGCACUGGGAGAAAGUUCAAAGCUGUGAAAUCGUGUUUGACGUGCCGGGCCUCUUACUGUGAAACACACGUCAAGCCACACAGUGAGGUUACUCCAUUAAAGAGGCACAAGCUGAUCAAUGCAAUUGGAGAUCUGGAGCAGAAGUUUUGUGCUGAACACCAAAAGGUUUUGGAGGUCUUCUGUAGAACUGAUCGGACGUGUAUUUGCUUGUUGUGUUCACAAAUUGAACACAGGAGCCAUGAUACAGUCUCAGCUGAGGCAGAAAGGAGUGUGAAACAGAAGCAGCUGGGAGAGACACAGACAGAAAUACAACAGAGAAUCCAGGAGAGACUGAAAGAAACUGAGGAGCUGGAACAGACUGUGGAGUCACUGAAAAGAUCUGCAUGCAUAGAAAUAAAGGAAAGUGAGAAGAUCUUUACUGAGCUGAUCCGAUCCAUUGAGAAGAUCCACACUGAGGUUAUUGAGCUGAUUGGAGCUAACGAGAAGGCUGCAGUGAAUCAGGCUGAAGGACGCAUGAAGAAACUGGAGCAGGAGAUUGCUGAGCUAAGGAGGAGAAACACUGAGCUGAAACAGCUUUCAGAGACAGAGGAUCACAUCCAUUUUCUACAGAAUUUCCAGACUCUCUGUGCCCCUCCUGAAGCUGGAGACUUACCCAGCGUUAUUGUCAACACAGACAUCUCUUUUGGGGCUGUGAGGAAAGCUGUAUCUGAACUUAAAGAUCAUAUUGAGGACUUCUGCAAGGGGGAAUUAAUAACCAAAACAGUGAAUGAAGUUGCAGUUUACAGUCUGCAUGCUCCAGAGCCAAGGAACAGAGCUGAGUUUUUAAAAUAUUCCUGUCAGCUCACACUGGACCCCAACACAGCGAAUAGAGAGCUCUGUCUGUCUGAAGGGAACAGAAAGGUGACACGGGGGGGAAAGACCCAGAGAUAUCCUCAUCACCCAGAGAGAUUUGAUAGCUAUCUCCAAGUGCUUUGCAGAGAGGGUUUGUCUGGGACUCGCUGUUACUGGGAGAUUGAGUGGAGUGGGGGAGGGGCUGCUAUAGGAGUCGCAUAUAAAGGAAUUAGCAGGAAAGGAUGGGAUGGUACCUGUGGCCUUGGAUGCAAUGACAAUUCCUGGAGUUUGUUCUGCUCUGGUUCCAGUUACUCUGCCUGGCACAAUAACAAUGAAACUGCAAUAACUGCCCCCCGCUCCCCCAGAAUAGGAGUGUAUCUGGACUUUAAUGCCGGCACGCUGUCCUUUUAUGGCAUCUCUGACACAAUGACCCUCCUGCACAGAUUCCAAACCACAUUCACUGAGCCGCUCUAUCCUGGGUUUUAUAUUUAUUCUGAUUCCUCUUUAACAAUCUGCCAGCUGAACUAGACUGUUUUGUGUUGUAAGAAACCCUUUGUAUUGAACUCCCUGUCUAUCCUCUCCACUCCACGGGUGAAGGGAAUGUUCAAUGAAACAGCGCCACCUGCUGAGCGAAACGAGGGGAAUUAUUUCUUUUUAGUAACGAAUGGAUUUCAUACGAAAUAACUGUAUUUAAUUUAAGAAUUGUUAUGUUUUAUAUAUAAUAUAUUUAAAAAUGGCAUCCAAUAGUCAGUGCUGUAACAGUUUUUUUAAAAAGAGAACUUGUUUGCUUUAUUGUGUGUGUGUUUUUGUUCUUUGAUUUCCAUAAAAUGUAUAUUCUGUUUAUUUUUUUUAACUGUGACUUUCUUUUUUAUUAAUACUCAUUAACACGGUUUUUCAAAUGAGAAUGAGAAAAAAAGAUAGAGGAGAAUGAGAGAGGAAGAGGGGGAAUGAGAGAGAGUGAAAUGAGAGCGAGAAAUAGGGGGAAGGAGACAGAAAGAGGUCUGGUAAAGCAUAGGGAAGCAUUAUAAAGCACAGAGAGGUCUAGCAAAGCAUAGGGAAGCAUUGUAAAGCACAGAGGUAUGGCAAAGCAUAGGGAAGCAUUGUAAAGCACAGAGGGGUGUGGUAAAGCAUAGGGAAGUAUUGUAAAGCACAGAGAGGUCUGGUAAGGCAUAAGGAAGCAUUGUAAAGCACAGAGAGGUGUGGUAAAGCAUAGGGAAGUAUUGUAAAGCAGAGAGGUCUGGUAAAACAUAGGGAAGCAUUGUGAAGCACAGAGAGGUCUGGUAAAGCAUAGGGAAGCAUUGUAAAGCACAGAGAGGUCUGGUAAAGCAUAGGGAAGCAUUGUAAAGCACAGAGAGGUCUGGUAAAGCAUAGGGAAGCAUUGUAAAGCAAAGAGAGGUCUGGUAAAGCAUAGGGAAGCAUUGUAAAGCACAGAGAGCUCUGGACUCUAACCAGCUCAGAGACUCAGCUCAGUGAUUUGGAUUCCUGAACAGCUUCUUAGUAAAGGUAUUAUUCUGCAUGCCGCCGCACCGUGAACUAAUAAGAAAAGACUUUCAGUACCUGGCAGGCUC